AUGGCUUCGACUAGCACAGCCAUGGAUGACAUGGAGUUCCAGUAUGGGCAUAUAGAGUUGGAUGAUGAGGAAGAAUGUGGUUUUGAGAUUGAGGACGACGUGGAGGAGGCGGUUCUGGUGGAUGAUCGUUGGUGUUUGGUGGGGAGGUUUUUGAAUGCGAGAUCGAUAGAUUUUGAGGCUAUGAAACACACGCUGGCGGGGUUAUGGAAACCGGGCAAAGGCUUGUUUGUCAAGGAAUUGGGGCCGAACCUUUUCUUAUUUCAGUUUUACCAUGAGAUCGAUAUUAAGCGUGUUAUUAAUGGCAGUCCUUGGACUUUCAAUAGGCUACCAUUGAUAUUUGGUAGAGUUCCACGAGGUGGAGAUCCGAAGUCUGUAAAGCUUAAUCAACUUGAUAUGUGGAUACAGAUUCAUGGCCUUUCUACGGGAUUUAUGACGGAGAAAAUUGUCGUUACCGCUGCAAACUACAUUGGCUCCUUUGUUGAAUCGGACCCUAAGAACUAUAAUGGUCUUUGGCGGGAUUAUCUCCGAGUAAGAGUGACGGUGAACAUUGAUGUCCCAUUGAAAAGACGAAUGAAGCUUAAGAAAACGGGUGGUGAGUGGUUUUAUGCUAAUUUUAAAUACGAAUUUGCUCCGACAUUUUGCUUUAUCUGUGGUUUGAUAGGUCAUUCGGAAAACUUUUGUCCUAAGUUAUUUGAUACACCUGAGGAUGAGAUUGUUAAACCUUAUGGGAGCUUUAUGCGUGCACAACCACGAAGGAAAAAUUAUCUAUUGAGCUCUCAGUAUUUGCGUACGGGUACGGAGGCCGAUGAGCAGUUUGACCAUGCAAUCCCGGUGCGACAAGAUGAGGAGGAUGAUCGGCCAGCCAUGCAAACUGGGAAACUACCUUGUUUGGAGUUUGAGAAUAAUCCCCAGUCAAAGGUGGUUGAUGAUAUUCCAGAUUUGGUGGAUGAUGGGAAUAUUCCUCUUAAUGAAAAUUUGAAUCAUAAUGGCAACAAGACUAAUGCUUCCAAGUCUAGUAUCAAUGAAAGAGGAAAGUCAGUUGUGUUUGGAAAUCAUGUGUCAAGCGGGAAAGGUCAACCUUCACUUUUCAUUGGUGGAAUUAUCGGUCCACAUGGAGGACAAGGAGGCCGUGGGCCUUCUACUGAGUCCAAAAGAAGGCGUCAACAUGAAGGGGUUGGUGGGCCUGACUAUGUUGAUAUGGAAGCGGAGGAUAGUGCUGAUAUGGAUGUUAAUGGACUCUCAAAAAACGAGUUCGAGGUGGGUUCUGGUUUCCAGGCCCACCGGGCAUUAUGA